GUUUUUCGUGUGUUUGGUUCGGACUCAGACUCUGUGCCUGGACCUUGUCAGAUGCUUUCCUCAUCUUUGAAAAUGAGUUCCACACUCUCUAGUGACGUGAUGGAGGAAGAAGAGGAAGAAGAAAAGGAGGAAGAGGAGAGUUUUAACCCUACGGAAGUGAAAAUGAGUCAGAUUGUGAUGUCUUGUCACUGCAACCAUCGACAGGAGCUGAGUGUGGGACAGCUGCUGAAAUGGAUGGACUCCGCCGCCUGUCUCUCUGCUGAGAGGCAUGCUGCAAGUCCCUGCGUCACCGCCUCGAUGGAUGACAUCCACAUUGAACACACCAUCAAAGCGGGUCAGGUGGUGAACAUCAGGGCAAAGGUCAACAGAGCCUUCAACACCAGUAUGGAGGUGGGCAUACAGGUAAGCUGUGAAGACCUGUUCUCUGAUCGUAUCUGGAGGAUUUGCCACGCCUACGCCACCUUCGUUACACAGAGGACAAGCUCAGGGGAAAAAGUGACAUUGAGGCCUAUUGUUCCUCACACUCAGAAGGAGCUGAUUGAAUACAGCAUAGCAGCUGAGAGGAGGAGGGUCCGAAUGCUACACGAUGACAUUAUCAAAGAUUUGCUUUACAGCGCUUCUGUCCAGCAGGGUGACAUGUCAGCAGGCUCUGAUGCGGUGGCAGCAGAGAAGACCAAGGUGGAGAGUGUUGAACUGGUUCUACCUCCACAUGCAAAUCAUCAGGUAAAUACGUUUGGUGGACAGAUCAUGGCCUGGAUGGUGAAUGUAGCUACAAUUGCUGCCAGCCGUCUGUGUCAGGCACAUCCGACUCUUCGGACCAUCGACAUGUUCACUUUCCGAGGACCCUCUCAGGUUGGAGACAGACUGCUGCUGAGGGCCAUUGUCAACAACGCCUUCAAAAACAGCAUGGAGGUGGGGGUCCGUGCCGAGGCUCACCAGAAGGAGGGGCCUAACCGACACAUAAACUCCGCCUUCAUGACCUUCGAGGUGCUCGAUGGCAACAGGAAGCUAUGUACUCUACCACGGAUACGACCAGAACCCCUGGAAGGUGAGAGGAGGUUCCAAGAGUCAAUAGCCAGGAAAAAAAUCCGACUGGACAGGAAGUACAUCAUUUCUUGCGAGCAGAGUGAGGUUCCUCUGUCUGUUCCCUGGGACCCCAGGAACCAGGUGUAUCUCAGCUACAACAACGUCUCAGCUCUGAAGAUGCUUGCGGCUAAGAACAACUGGCGUCUCAGCACUGAAAGAGAUGAGGUUCGUCUUUACACGCUGGAGAAGAAGUCCAUGUUGAGUUUCAGAGUGGAAGCAGAAGUGGACAUUCCUGCUGACCGAGCCUUUUCUCUGCUAGCGGAUCUGAAGAACAGAACCAGCUGGGACACACAUUAUAAGAAAUGUGAGCUGAUCCAUCGUGUGGAUGAGGAUGACUUUCUUUACCGGGUGGUGACUCCAUCGGUGCAUCGGGGCACAAUGGGCUCCCCCACCUCAGCCAAUCAGGGAGGAGGGAUUCUCCAGGACUUCAUUUUGCUGGCGUCUAAAAGGAAGCCAUGUGGCAGUGGAGAUCCGUACGUCAUCGCGCUGCGUUCAGUGACCCUCCCCACUCACCCUCCCUUUGAGGAGUUUAACAGAGGAGAGGUCCUCUGUGCUGGAUUUACCAUUCUGGAGGCUGAAAACAACAUGUCGCUGAUCAGUUACUAUAACCAGGCAUCUCCAGAGGUUCUGCCCUACAUCUCCACAGAUAUCGCUGGCCUCUCCUCCUCUUUCUAUCACACCUUCUGCUCCUGCAGCCACUAUCUGACCAGAAACAAGCUGCAGUCUGAUUCUGAGGAGAAGGUCAACGAACCCAACAGUCCCAGCUCGCUGUCCAAGGCACUGAACAGCACCAAGCUGUGAACGCCACACAGCUCUUCAGACCAGUUAACAGAGAGAAACCAGGCGGCUGUUUACAGCAAGCAGCAGCUGGCAGGUGUAUGCAGAUUUUCAAAGAUUUAAUAAUCUAAUAAUGACUUCAUAAAUAUGUUAAAGUGAUGGCAUUUCAGUUGCUUUUCUGUUAAUGUUUCUCACCUUCUAACAGUUAAGGUCAGACGUUUCCAUGCAUGUUUUUUUCUCACUGUCUGAAGUUACAUCAGAUUAAACUCCUGUUUUCGAUCAGUUAGGAUUACCAAAAAGAUUUCUAUUUGAUUAAAACCUUAGUUGGAAGUUUACAUACAUGAUUUCUUUGUCUUUAAACAAUGUGGAAGAGCCCAGAUGAUGAUGUCAUGGAUUUGGUUGCUUCUGAUAGGCUAACAGACAACAUAUACAUGAAUUGGAGGAUGUAUUUUAAGGCCAAAUCAACCUCAAAAUAAAAGCUAAAGAGCUUGUGAAGAUGCCGCUGAAGCUGGUCAGAGAGUUGUUUUCCAGAGUGAAAUGACAUGGACUGAAAGGCCACUCGGUGAGGAAGAAGGUAUUUCUCCAGAAGAAAAGAAUGAAGCCAGAUUACAGUUUGCAAACACACAGGGACAGAGACCUUAACGUUUGAAGACAUGUCCUGCAGUCUGUUUGUCCAUAAAGACCAUCAUCACAUUUAGAAGAAACUCCUGAGAAUACCAUCCCAGCUGUAAAGCAUGGGGGUGUCAGCAUCAUGCCAAGGGGCUGGUUUGUUACAGGAGGAACUCGUGCACUUCAUGACGAAAGAACAUCAUGUGGAAACAUUGCAGCAACAUCUUAAGACAUCAGCCAGGAGUCGAAAAUGGUUCUUCCAGAUGGACAAUGGACCUAAACAUUGCACCAAAUUAGUUAUGAAGUAGCUUCAGGACAAUAAAGUCAGUGUUCUGGUCAUUGUUUAAAAACACAGAAAUCUGUGUGUACGUAAACUUCUGACUUUAAAGAAAGUAAAACAAAAAUUCUCUGAAAUAUUCUAUUGCACUAUUGUGGCUUUUAAUGAAAAAAUAAUUUAUGUAAUUCUAAUACACCUAAAACUGGAGAAAUGUAGUCUGAUUUAACCUCAUUUGCACAGCGUUUGUAAAAUUCUGGUUUUAAUUGUACCUGUGAGAUGGUGUGUGUGCUGUAUUUAGAUAAGAUGAGACGGUACGUAAAGUCAGGGUUGACUGUAUGUAAACUAUGUACCGUCAUCCCUGGUGAUGGUACGUACUUCUGUACAGGUACGUAAAGGCAAGUUUGUUUGCAACAUGAGAGCAUUUUACAUCAGGUUUAUUUUUUAUUUAAAACAAAGAAAGGCUGUAAUCCUGAGGUUUACACUAAAUGUUAGAGCUGUAACACUACUAACUGUUCUGAUGCUGAGUAAUAAACCAGGUUUACAGUCCCAA